CUUUACUUACUAUAAAGUUGUUUUUUUCCUGGUUGUUUGAACUCUUAAUAGAUGAUGUGGGCCCUAGAAUAUGAUCCAGACUUGUUCUAUUUGUAUGAAGAAGCUGAUUCAGCUAAUGAUAAAGCUGAAGGAUCUAAAGAAAGAUUAAAACCAAUACGUCAAUAUGGGAAGUUUGAGAGAGAAAAUAUGAAAAACGGGAAGAAUGCGGCCCCACUUCCCAUCUCUGUUUUUCUUGUUGCCAGUGUCUUGAAAGACAAGAGCACAAAGCUACAACAAGAAGCUCGAGGCCUGGAUGACGUUGUUAAGAUAUUAAAUGACAUAACUGGAAGUUUAGACGCCAAAAAAGCUUGCAGUGGGGCAAUGAAACUUCAUAAGAAGUAUCUAAAAAAGGUAUUGUUUUCCUUCCCAUCUGUUGUUUUCAAUCUCAAUUCUUCAUUGAAAUUCUCCAUUAAGUAAAAAAAAAGAGAAAGCAAGAAGAGAGUAGUAAUAUCAGUAUUGACAGUAGAGAGACAUGGAGCUGUCAUGUUUUAAAUCCACAAAAGGAAAAUGUUGGGCAUGAUCAGAUGCUAUAGCUCUAAAAAGUUUGCAUGGUUGUUUUAUUACUGAUUUCAAAUAGAUGCAUCCACAAAUGUGCCUAGGAGGGAAAGGAAUACCCGUUAUUUCACAAAUCAUGGCUAACUAACCAUUCCUAAUUUAUAUAUUUCUGGGAUUACCUCCCCAACUGUUUUAACCCUUCAUUAGGGGAUUGUUGGGGUUCAAACCUACUCUCUGCAUAUGCUA